UUCAUAAUACUUGUCUUAUUGUUUAUGUUUACUGGAAGUGUAAAAGGUUUUCUCUUCACGCCAUCGUCUGUUGUUAAUGUAGCCAUCGACUGCGGACAGAUCCGUGGAUUUUAUAACGGCAGUUCCGGUGCGUACUCGUUUCUAGGCAUACCGUAUGCGAGCCCGCCCGUCGGCCGACUGAGAUGGAUGCCACCGGUGCCCGUUAACGCUUCAAACGGAAACUGCUGGAAUGGAGUGUAUGAAGCUACGUCAUUCACCAGCCCAUGUAUACAAAGAAACUCCAGUGACGUUGACAACUCUGGCAGCUUUAUCGGCAGUGAAGAUUGUUUGCAUUUGAACGUAUGGAGUCCCAGUUUGGAUACUACAGCGAUACUUCCGGUGAUGUUCUGGAUAUAUGGUGGAAGUUUGACAAAUGGAAGGGCUGACGCAGGCGAUCAUGGCUAUGGUCCUACAGCGGAGAUGGCUCGCGACCAUAACGUUGUCUAUGUUAGCCUUAACUACCGUCUUAACGCCUUUGGAUUUAUGUCUUUGGACAUGUUGAGGGCUGGAUCACCAACCAACACUUCCGGGAAUUAUGGGUUUAUGGACAUGCUGACAGGACUACAAUGGGUGCAGAACAACAUCCGGCAGUUUGGAGGAGACCCAAACCAGGUGACGAUAUUUGGUCAAAGCUCGGGGGGAACAGCUGUAUUUGCCUUGUUAGGGUCGCCGUUGAGUCGCGGUCUCUUUCACAAGGCGUGGAUGUCCAGCGCCUCACCGAUCAUGAACAAAACCGCUGAAGACGCGAACAGCGACAACCAAGCGUUCGUCAGGAAGUCGGGAUGUGCUGAUGUUGGCUGCCUGUAUAAUCUGACACCAGCGGAGAUUAUAGCCAGUCUGCCCUGGAAGGAGUUCCCGUACUGGGGGAUGGAUGACCUUGGGGAUUUUCCGACAAAGGGCCGCUUCGAUGGCGCAUUGGCUGUAGUAGAUGGGUAUGUGUUACCAAAGUCUCCACUUGAAGCAUUUGCUGAAGGGGAAGGAGUCGACGUCCCAGUAUUAAUAGGUACAACAGCACAAGAGGUCGACAUUGAGCAUCCAUCUGCAAACUGGACAUGGGGUGAUAACAAUUACCGAGAGCACGUCAGAGACAAGCUAAAUCCUUUCGGCACUGUGAUUGCAGAGACCGCCCUUCAGUUAUACCCUGCGAACAAGUCAACGCCAGAAUUCCAGAUAACUUCUAUGAUAUCAGAUUGCCGAGCUGUGUGCGGGAACGACUAUCUCGGUGUGAUCCUGUCGGCAGCUGUAGCGUCUCCGGUUUACAGAUACGUUGCUGCGUACAUUCCAUCUGGGCCAGCAAGACCUUUUGGAGGCGCCGUUGAAGCUAGUAACGCAUUUCAUGGCAUUGACAUCUUAGCUUACUUUAAUGCGACCAGACUUAUGUUGACACACGUAACUGACGCAGACAGGCAAUGGGAAAUUAAUAUACAACAGGAAGUACUGGCUUUCGUGCGCACAGGAAGUCCCCAUACGUAUGACUGGGGAAUGUUUCCCAGCCAGACGGCGCUGUUGACUGAGAACACAACGGUUACGGCUGGGUACCACACUGCAGAGUGUCUGUUUUGGCUUAGAAACGGGUUCUUCUCGUACUCGUGGAUCAAUUAAACACAGAAACAAAAUGAAGUUUUGAGUUAAAUUUCGCAAAUAAUUAUUGUGUUAGAAGGCAACAAUAACAUAAUGUUGAAUCCAUUUCAAGGCUUAUGAUGAUUAAAUGCUAUAUUCUAACUUUAAAGCUGCACUCUCACAGAUUAACCAUUUUACAACAUUUUAAAUUUUUUAUAGAA